GGGGUGAGAGGAGAAGUAAUUAAUGUGCGACAGUGCCCCCCUGUUGCCCCCCUUCACCCUCCUAUGUCGAGGGGGCACCCUCUCCCUUCCCUGCGGUCCUUUACCGCUACGCUUAGCUGCCAUUGUGCGGAGACGCCACUUCCGAAGCAUCAAAUUUAAUUCUGCGUUUGUGGCUCUCCGGCUUGUAGGCGUCUUUCAUUUCUAGACCUUAUCAGGAAUCCGUGGACGAGGUCAGUUUAAAAACCUCCCGGGGACGUGGUGCUUGUAUCACAUCGGGAAAUGCAGAGUGAGCUAGAGCUCGACUCGUUGCUGCUCCGAAACCGUGGAGGUUAGGGACGUUACUUCCGUGGUUACCGCCUGUCCGAGAAUCGAGAAAUACCUGGUCGAAGUAUGGAAGCCAUGGACUUGGACGGAGAUGCUGUCGUUGAUUUGAGUGUCAGACACGAAACAGUCCGCAUCAACUUGAAAAUGAUAUCGAUGGAUAGUCAAGUGCAGAAAGAUUGAUCGGUAUCAACAGUGUCGAUACAACAAGUGACAAAAUGCAACCAUGAGAUCGAUAUUCUUAUACCAAAGAAGCAGCAGUGGCAGGAGAGACUCUUCGGCCGUUUCCAUCAAUUCUGCUGAUAUAGGUCCACCUCUCGAUUUAGGAAUACAUUAUUCAGCUAGUCCCAAUGUUGAGAAUAAUAUGCCGGAGGUACGAAAUAUUCAAAACGCGACGAGAGGGAUUCUGGCGCCGAAAUCCGGCGAUGACAGAAGACCGCGUCGGAAUCUCAGGCCUAGAACAGAAAGGAGCUACGCCGAGAGUCCGGACGAACCUAGGAUAAAUGGUUACUUAAAUGGCAACGCCUCAGACAGCGACGAAGGUGAGAUGCCACCUUUUCUUCCGAUAAAAGAACUUUCGUCUGACGAAUUGGCUGAACGCGAAAGAAAUCUUAGGAAGUUGAGGGAAGAGUUAAGAUCUGAGGAGAUGAAACUAGUUCUGCUCAAAAAGCUUAAACAGUCUCAGCAGCUGAAGGAGAAUAUUGCGGCAGUGCCGAAAGUUCCAAGCAAAUUGCCACCACCUGUAACUGUUCAACCUCCACCUCAUAGUCAUAGAACUGGUAAAGCGCCUCCGCCAUUAUUAAGAGGGCAACCAGCACCGAGUAGGAGUAGCAGUUUGCACGCACCACCUCCAGGAAUGUUGUUACCACCGACGGCUGGACGUAGUACGACCUCGAGUACCGGAAUGCCUCCGAAUAUGGUGAUACCUCAGCCACCUCAUCCACGAGGAAGACCUCCAAGUGGAGCUCCGAACGUUCCCAGUUAUCAUCCACCUGCGGAUCGAACGGAGAGAUCCACGAAAGAUCCUACGCCUGCUCCCGCUCAUCAGCUUAUUGGACCUCAAGAAAAUAAACCGACCGCGCCUUUAAACACCCCUGUCAUUCAGGAGCAGGAAAGGUCGAGGGAGGAUAAUCAAACGCCAGCUCAGCGUCAAGCUGCCGCUAAAUUGGCCUUGAGGAAGCAAUUAGAGAAGACGCUACUCCAAAUACCUCCACCGAAACCUCCUCCUCCGGAAAUGCACUUUGUUCCGAAUCCUUCAAACACGGAAUUUAUUUACCUUGUUGGCCUCGAACAUGUGGUCGAUUUCAUUACCAAGGAGCCGGCGAUUCCUCCACCACCUGAACCUUUCGAGUGCACCCAGUGUAAGACUGAUUUCACUCCAGUCUGGAAGUGGGAGAAACCGCCGAAUAGCAACAAGAAGGAACCCAGGGGUCAACACGCGACCUUUCAACGGCCACCGGCAGGUCGAGAUCCCAGAGUCAUUUGCGAACACUGUGUUACGACUAACGUCAAAAAGGCUCUUAAAGCUGAACACACGAAUCGGUUGAAAACAGCCUUUGUGAAGGCAUUACAACAGGAGCAGGAGAUAGAGCAAAGACUAGCACAAGCAGCGUGUCCGAGUCCGAGUCCGGAUCCGCCGACGCCGAAACCAAUUCCAAAGGCACCGACACCUACAAGAAGAGUUCAGACGCCGCCAGCUCCACCUCCACAGAUACCUCAGGCGCCUCCGCCGGCGCCAACACCUCCAGCCCCAAAACUUCAGGAACAUCCUCUCGUGAAGCUGGCAGAAAGUGGAAAAUUCAGUCCCCAUCAUGCAGCAGCUGCAGCGGCUUUGCAACAACAGUUGUUUAGAGAAUUGGCGAAGAAUCCAGUCCCAGGAUUACCACCUCACCAACCGCUUCCAGCGCACAUGAUGCAACCUUUCAAUCCACUUCUUUACCCCUAUCAGCUGGCAAUGGCGCAAGCCGCCAGCGGCAAAGGUCUCGUUGAACUUCAGCGACAAGCCCAGGAUCUCCAACGGCAGUACCUGCUAGACAUGAUCCCAUCUCAAGCAUCACAGUCACAAAGUAGCCAAGCUCCGCCCAGAGCUCAUCCUCACAAUUGGAAGACGUAACCGGACGUGUUCGGUUAACCCUGGAAGCUCAGUGUUUCAAGCUGGUAAAGCCGAACGGCCAAAUGAAAUGGAAGUUAAUUGAGGCCUUUUUAGUUCAAAUUGCAAACUUCGGCGAAAGUUCUGAAGUCAUACAAACCACUGAACAACGGAUUCACCUGGCUGGCUCUUUCUUGAGUAAUCAAUCAAUUUAUCUUGAAGGAGAAACUUAUGUUCCUUAUAUGGGAAAAGCGAAAAAUGCAUUCUCCGGAAUAUGGUGCUCCGAGUGUAAUUAGCGACGAUGACAACUUUGAAUUGAAAACGAAAACAAAAAUAAACAAAAAAACUCAAUCCGCAGUGCAUAAUGAGAAGAAGCGUGAGUGAAUAUAUUAAUUUGAAUUACCUACGCAAUAGAGAUAGGGAACCUUUGUACGCUAGGGAUGUAAUAAGUGUGACAUUGUGACAUAAACGAUCGAUAGGUUGAUUCUUUAACAGUUAACGUUUAUCACGUAAAACCACGACCCUAGGAACUGAACUGAGAGAACGUUUUCUAGACUCGUUUUAAGAUUAAGUAGAUUUUUUCUCGCUGAUUUCAAUAACACGCCUGUGAAGGGGGCGGUACCUGUACUCUGUGUAUAUCUCUACUUUCUCUCAACUGUGAGUAUUUUUAAGAUAAACUUAAACGUACGAAAGGAGAGUGUGACUGUGAUGUUUCUGGGAUCGAGAUUAGCUACAAGUUUUUCUUUUUCUUUUUUUUUUUUAAAGCUGUGACAAGAAUACCUCUCUUGCGCACAAAAAAAUAGUUGAGGCAAUUUCAAGUACAGAUUUAUCAUCCCAAUCAUGAAUUUAAGAAAAGAAAGAAAAAAAAAUUAAAUCCAGUGCUAGAGCAUCGAACCGAUUAAAGAGACUUAUUUUUAUUUAACACUAUUGUUGAUGAACCAAAAUGCGUUUUUCGUUGGCAGUAUUGCGGUAAAAAGUUGAAAAAAAAAAAAGAAAAGAAGAAAAAAACAAGUGUUGAAAAAAGUUUAGGUAGUUAUUUGGCAGUGUUGCGUCAAUUUGUAUAUGAUAGGUGGGAAAUAUUUUUCUAAAACGUUGCAAAAAGAAUUUGGCAAUACUGCUCGCCUAAAUCGAUACAACUCCAACAUUUUCCCUUGCUUCUUCCAAAAAAUGGUGGUCUUCAGCGUUUAUUUAUAAAAGAGAAAUGGUAGCUCGUAGGUUAGGUAAUAUUCCUCCAAAUGUUUGUUUGUUUGUUUUGUUAGUCUAAGACGAGUGAGUCGAAUCAUUUCGAAAUUCGUAUGAUUAUUUAAUUUAAAAAGAUGUAUAUAAUUGUGUAUUGAAUUGAUUUUAAAGUAUAAUUGGUAUUCGAUGAAUGGGUUUUGUUUGAAAUGAGUGGAUUCGUCGUGUAACUGUUAGAUAUUUUUAAAAUGAUUUUUUUCAGGUUCGAUGCUCUCUCUCUUUGCAAGAUGAUAAAUGGAUAUUGCACUUGUCGGCCGGUCAGGUUUACAAGAAAAUGUUGGAUUUUAUUGAACCAAGUAAUUUGAUACACUUUUGACAAUUGUUCUGCACCUAAGAUUUAAAAUUCGAAGCACUCGUCCCAUGCGAUACCCGAUAUUUCUUGAGUGAAUCAAUUUGAUCCGCUCGUUUUUAAUCCUUCGCCAUACGUGUCCGAUUCACUAAAUAGUACUGUUAGUCUCGACAUUUCUCGGUAUAUGAUACAAUUAAAUAAACUAAAAAUAGCAUAAUCAUCUCUCUUUGUACUAUGCAAUAGAUUUCAAACUCGUAAGUACUCCGUAAUUUAAAUAUACCGUAUAAAGCUACGAGUGCAUAAUAGAUAAAAGAUCUCUGUGUUUGUGUGGCUUGGAAUGUUUCUAAAUUUCGAUCAUCGCGUGACAAAAAAAAGUGUGUGAAAGAGAGAGAAUGAAAAUGAGAAAAAAGAGAGUGUGCAAGGAGAGAAUGGGGGACAAUUGUGAAUUGAAAAUCAACCCCGAAAAAGUGUUCGUUCUACUUUUUCAAAUAUUUCGCCGGUACACUUGCCAAAAGUGUAAAAAAAAAUCGAUUAUGUAUAGUCGACGCGGCAGAAGGCUAUUUUAUUUCCUAAGAAAGAAUUUAGUUUGUCGAUGGUUUGGGUUAAGCAAAAGAAACACGUCUGGCUCAAUUUCACAAACGAUGUUUUCUUUCGUAGUCACCUCCCCUCACCCCCAGAAACAAAAAAAAAACCAAAAAAAAAAACACGACUUCAGGUCCAGAUAAUAUGAAAUUAGAAAAUAGAAAUUAGAUUCGGAUCGUAUUUAUUCUGACGUGGUUGUUUCAGUUCUAGAAUUGCGAGAAAUUUAACAGUACAAUCGAAAUGUGAUAUUUGUUGUAAAAAAUCUCGGAAUUCUCACUUUCAGUGCCGUCUUUGAGUCCCAAACCGUUUGUUUCUAUACUCAGUAUGUCUAGAAAUUCUCCAAUGUUGAAUAAUGAAGAAAGAUGAGGAAUAAAGUCUUGUCGAUUAUUAUAAAA